AUGUAUACCGAGCGAAAUAUAGGGCCGCUCACAGACAUAAAAUGGCAACUGGGAGGAACAAAAUCACAAGAGGGCAACAACAUCGCGAUACACGUCACACCACCAGAGGGCGAGGAAGAUGACGAACUUGUACCACCACUGCGUGCGCGCAGAAAACUCAGCACCCCUCUCACCGCAUUUCAGGGCUCAAGCGAGGGACUUAUUAACAUAUCACAUACACGUACUUCUCAAUCCCGAUCCCUGUCGCCCCUGGACCGUACGAAGCGUCGAUUCAGCACCAUGGUGUCGAGCGCAGCAGCGGCGGCGGUAUCUCGGAGACUCUCCGCAACUAUAGGAUGGUGCCUUGCAACCCCCACGCAAGUGAAGCCACAGAUCGUGAGGCAGGGUCGCGCGUUAUGUCUCCAAUACAUAAAAACGCAAAUCCGAAGAUCUUCGCUUUGUCAAAAAAAGAAAAUAGUGAUGAAACGAUUACAACGGAUGCUUGAGACGGAAUGCGGUGAAGAAGCACUGAGUAAUUCUGAAUCGGGCGUACUGUCAGCACUAAGAGCGCUGUGUGCAGCUCUAGAAAGAAAGCGACCCGACGUGUUCCGCCAUGUAGCGAGACAAGCCACUCGAGCGCCGUCAGCGAUGCUGCGAUCCGACACUGCAUUAGCGGAGUUGGCACUAGCACUAGCGAGGCGAAUCACCAGGGAGAACAUCACGUGGUCUAAGAUAGCAGCUGUGUAUUGCGUGUGCGGAGCAUUGGCCCGUGAAGCAGCAGAGGCUGUAGAUGAAGAACCAGCUCUCGAGUUGGUGGCAGCGCCGGCGGCCGCCAUUGCGGACCUCUUGCACGAGGAGACGGGCUCCUGGAUAGCUGCUCAUGGUGGAUGGAACGGGUUGAUCGAACGAUUACGUGCCAGUGAGCGUGACCAGCGGUCUGAGAAAAAUUUACAAGUGAUGGUGUCAUUUUUUGUCAUAGCAUGUUUUGUACUCCUGUUUCUGAGAUGGGCUCUACAUUUACAUCCUGCUUACUAUGAUAAUGUAUGACAUAGCUGCACCUACUUUUCUUACUGCAGAAUGUUAACCAAUUUGAUUGACAGUCUAUAACUAAUGAAGGUCAGUCAGUAGAUAACUAAUUUAAUAAAAGAGAACUAAAACUGUAAUUAGUAUCAUAUAUAUAGCUGAAGAUGUGAUGAAAAACUAUGUUAUUUUUUCAAUUAUAUUACUUAAUUUAUUAUAUUUAUUGUCUUUACCUAAACUACUGGAGUAAUUUGAAAGUUAUCAGAAAAUGUAGAAAUAUUAUUUCACCCGUAGGCAAUAUACUAGUUCCUAAAAUGUCACAAUAUAUAAUCGAAUAUAUAUACCAACAAGACAUACAAUAUUUCUUUAUAUAUAAUUUCAGUUUAUUAUUUAGCUACCCAAUACAAAUUAGACUACAUUAUUAUUAUUAGGUAUUAUAUACAGCCGACAUGGACAUUUGUUACACCACCUUUAUUGCAACAGAUGGUAAUAACUUUAUGUUUGGAUUAACCAAAUAUGAAUUAUAUACAAUUUAAAGUUCCCGCCAUGUUCUCACAUACCACAGGUAUGCGAGAACAUGGCGGGAAUUUAUGAAAUAUUAAAGUGGAAGCCAUCCAAAUUAAUCGCCAAAAGUUGAGGAUAUUAGCGUAAAAUUACCAUACUGGCUAAACGAAUUCAUAUAUGCUUUUAGUUAUAUAUUUUUCAAUUUAUUGCUCUGGUAUGGCUUAUUUUAUUCUGAUUGUUGGAAUUGUGAUAUACACAGAGAUUUUCAUAUUCUUAAAACCAAUGCCACGUCAAAUUAUUGUAUCUACCUACUAUAAUUCUAAUAAGUAUUAAUUGUAAAGUAAUUACAUUAUUAGGUAAUUGAAAAAUCAUAUUAUAAAGAUUUUUUUGUGACUGAUCCUUCUUGUUGUAACAAGUACAAUAGGAAAUAAUAUUAUGUUCAUAAUAAAUAAGCUAUAUAGGUAUUCAUGUAACUUAUAGUUAUUAAACGUUGUUUAAUUUAAUCUACCUGUAUGAUUUAACCUAAUAAACUAGUUUAUCUACUCUUCCUGAGAGAGUCGUCUGGGCUGACAUAUACCUACAGGUCGAGGUGUUGAACAUGGUCAAGGGCAAUAAAAAAAUGUUGGUUAUAUUUUUAAGUGUGUUUCCAGUGAUGGAAAAUCCUAUAACCAUGCUGAAUUCAAAUAUAACAAGCAAAAUGUGGGCUAUUCAAGCGCUGUGUUCAUCACGACGUCAUUAGUUUGUAACAAUGCCUCUGACUUCCCCAGCUAGGUUAAUAGUUGUUCAAAUGUAGGUAUUACGAGUAACUACAUUUUCUUAGUAAACCUACCUUAUUACUUUCAUUUUAAAAUUGUCGUGUUUUUGUAAAAAAAAAUUGAAAUGAAAAUUGUCACAUGU